AUGCAUCUUCUCCAAACAAUAUAUGGCUGGCUUUGGCUUAUGGGUGUGCUGUCUGCCUUUGCCCAGGUAACAUUCUCCCAAGCAACAUUGAACGGUGAUGGUGUUGGCAGAAAAGGUCCGGAGUGUGAAUUGUGGUGCCAGCCAGCUUCUCCAGUACUCCAAGUGGCCCACAAGCAAGAAGCAGCUUGGGUUGUGGGUCAUUUGGGCGGCAUUCCUGGGAUUUCCUCACAGAAAGAGCGUCUAGUCAGAUUCAAGGCUACAGUUGGAGCUCAGGAGGGCUGGUCUCCACUGAAGGAUUACAGUCAUGCCAGCAAGGACUGGGGUGUCGCUCAGACUGUCAGGCAGGGAGAAGACGUGCAUCAGGCUGGUGGUCGUUUGGAAAGAAAUGGCAAAAGCCAUUUGGAGAAAGAUUUUUCUGUUGCCCUGAGGUCCAGAAGUGCUCUUCAGGCUGAAGAACAGGAGAAGAGCAGAGCAAGAAUUGGCCAGAGGAAACAUACAAGAAGCAGGCGAGGGACUCGUGAGCGCCAGGAUUCAGGAGGAGCAGGAAAAGCUAAAACUUUCAAGAACAGACACUACAUAAGUGUCUUCAAUAACUCAGUGGAUAGUCCAACAACUCUCUUUCAUGGAGUUGUAGGGAAUGCUGUCCCCCAGGCAUUACCCUUGAAUGGCUCAGCAAGUCACUUGGCCGGAAGAGAACCUGGGGCCCUCAGGAAUGGGACAUUCCAACCACCUCAUGUAAAGAACCCUUUUUACCCACUGACUGAGGAGUCCUAUGGUGCCUAUGCAGUCAUGUGUUUGUCAAUAGUAAUCUUUGGUAUUGGGAUAAUGGGGAAUAUGGCAGUGAUGUGCAUUGUCUGCCAUAACUAUUAUAUGAGGAGCAUCUCCAACUCUUUGCUAGCCAACUUAGCCUUUUGGGAUUUCCUUAUCAUUUUUUUCUGCCUGCCUCUGGUGAUCUUUCAAGAACUCACUAAAAAGUGGCUAUUGGAGGAUUUCUCUUGCAAAAUUGUACCUUACAUUGAGGUAGCAUCUCUUGGAGUAACAACCUUCACAUUGUGUGCCCUCUGCAUAGACCGAUUCCGUGCUGCCACUAACGUGCAAAUGUAUUAUGAGAUGAUUGAAAACUGUACAUCUACAACAGCCAAACUGGCAGUGAUAUGGAUUGGGGCUUUACUGCUGGCUCUUCCUGAAGUGGUGCUGCGCCAAUUGACUAAAGAAAACUCAGAAAUCAGUGGGAACCCCCCUGUGGAACGAUGUGUGGUCAAGAUCUCUCCCCACUUGCCUGACACAAUAUAUGUGUUAGCACUGACAUAUGAUGGUGCAAGGCUCUGGUGGUACUUUGGCUGUUACUUUUGCUUGCCGACCCUUUUUACCAUCACUUGCUCAUUGGUGACUGCCCGGAAAAUCCGAAAGGUGGAAAAAGCUUGCACCCGGGGGAACAAGCGGCAGAUUCAGCUGGAAAGCCAAAUGAACUGCACAGUGGUGGCACUGACCAUUUUGUAUGGUUUUUGCACCAUUCCAGAAAACAUUUGCAAUAUUGUCACUGCCUACAUGUCCACAGGGGUUUCUCAGCAGACUAUGGACCUUCUCCAUCUGAUUAGUCAGUUUCUUUUGUUCUUUAAAUCAUGCGUAACUCCGGUCCUCCUCUUCUGUCUUUGUAAACCUUUCAGCCGAGCUGUCCUGGAGUGCUGCUGCUGCUGUUGUGAUGAGUGCAUUCAGAAGUCUUCUACAGUAACGAGUGACGAUAAUGACAAUGAAUAUACUACAGAGCUUGAACUGUCCCCGUUUAGUACUAUACGUCGUGAAAUGUCCACAUUUGCCUCUGUGGGAACUCAUUGUUGA